CUUCCUAGUCACCUACGGUAUAUAUAUAUAUAUAUAUAUUUGCUAGUUUACUCCUCAUUUCCUCUUUAUCUUUUGUAACUGCUCCACUUUUAUCCACUAUAACAAUUUCAAAGUUAUAUUCCUCCCUCUGCCAGAUCAUAUCAGGUGGAAUUUCAGUGCAGCAGAUAUUAAGUGCUGGUCAGAAAGAGUUUGGGCUGAGAAUACUUUUGUGCGUAAAACAGCUAAUGGUAUCCCUAUAGUAUGGACUCGCACCAAUUUUGUGGAUAUGGUGUGAACGGUAGGGAUUCGUCAUACUCUUCAUACCCUACUGUUUCAGGAGCCUCGAAAUUUGAUUCAGGAAAUUCACCAAAUUCACCACUUGCGGACUAUUUCAACUCUGAGACCUUCACCACAGUAAGUGAUUACCAGGAGCAGCACAGCUGUACAGAGAAUCUUUCUGCAGCUAGUUCUUCCCGUGAUUCCUUGCUGGAUUAUAACCAAUAUUUCCAUCGGCCAAACCCCUCUCAAGAUUGUCUUCCAGAAGGUCCUCUGGUUUUCUCUAGUGGAACUUCUCUACUUCAGAAUGCAAAUCACAGUCGGAAUAUGAAACAGUUGGAGUCUGCUUUAGUGGACUUACCCUUGCAGGGUGUUCCGUCGGGCAAUCUGAAGCAGCUGCUUAUAGCAUGCGCUAGAGCUCUUGCUGAAAACAAUCUAGAUGAUUUUGAAAUACUGGUUGCUAAGGCAAGGAAUGUUGUGUCCGUUACUGGAGAUCCCAUCCAGCGUCUCGGUGCUUAUAUUGUAGAAGGGCUGGUAGCAAGAAAGGAGUUAUCUGGAACCACCAUAUAUAGGUCUUUGAGGUGUAAGGAGCCAGCUGGCAAGGACUUGCUAUCCUACAUGCAUAUCCUUUAUGAAAUAUGCCCUUAUCUAAAGUUUGGCUUCAUGGCUGCAAAUGGUGCUAUUGUAGAAGCAUGCAGAAAUGAAGAUCGCGUUCACAUUAUAGACUUUCAAAUUGCUCAGGGGACCCAGUGGAUGACUCUCUUACAAUCUCUUGCUGCACGUCCCGGUGGUGCCCCUUACGUGCGCAUUACAGGAAUUGAUGAUCCAGUUUCACAAUACGCUCGGGGAGGUGGGUUGACGGCAGUUGCGGAACGGCUAUCAGCAAUUUCUGAGAAAUUCAACAUCGAAGUUGAGUUUAAUGCAGUGCCGGUUUUUGCUCCAGACAUCACUAGGGAUAUGCUUGAUGCAAGGCCUGGUGAGGCUCUGGCAGUAAACUUCCCUUUGCAACUUCACCACACCCCUGAUGAGAGCGUUGACGUGAAUAACCCUAGGGAUAAUCUCAUUAGGAUGAUAAAGUCGCUUUGCCCCAAGAUAGUCACUUUGGUGGAGCAAGAAUCAAAUACAAACACAGCUCCGUUUUUCCCUAGGUUUUUAGAAGCUCUAGAUUACUACCAUGCAAUGUUCGAGUCAAUAGAUGUUACCCUAGCAAGGGACAGGAAGGAGCGGAUCAAUGUGGAACAGCAUUGUUUAGCUAGGGAUAUAGUAAAUGUUAUAGCAUGCGAGGACAAGGAAAGGGUGGAACGUCACGAGCUAUUGGGGAAGUGGAAAUCCAGGUUCAUGAUGGCAGGUUUUCAGCAAUAUCCUUUGAGCUCUUAUGUGAAUUCGGUGAUAAAGGACCUCAUGAGGCGUUACUCGGAGCAUUAUACACUAGUGGAGAAAGAUGGGGCUAUGCUAUUGGGGUGGAAGAAGCGGAAUCUAGUCUCUGCAUCUGCUUGGUUUUAAGUAUAUGGAGUAUGAGAAGCACAGAAAGAAUUGUAAUAGAUGAAUAGCCUUCUUUUAUUACUUAACCAGACAAUAGGAUUGAUCAGUUAAUCUUGCUCAUGUCAUAUGGUUUCAGUUUUCUGAAAUGUGAGUAUAAAAACAUGCGUUAUGGUUAAGCAUCACAAAACAUUGUACAAGUUAUCCUUCUUGUUUGUUAACUGUAAACAAUUAUUUCUUGUCCUUUGAUGUA